AUGGAGUCGGAUCCCACGGUCGCCGAGUCCGAGGACGGUGUCAGGAACACCAGCUCGCCGGUAGCAGGGGCUGUCCCCACCACUCCCCGGGACACGGAGGGGGAGGCGCCCGUCCAGGGCCCGGAGUCCCCUGUGCGCACGGUGGUGGCUUCGCCCGUUAAGAGCCCAGUGUCCCUGGUGCGCUCGGUGGUGGCUUCCCUGCGCCCGGUGAAGGGCAAGGCGGCCCGGCGGCGCCUCCAGGUCCCGCCGGUCUCCCAGGCCGAGGGCCCCGCAGAGAGGGCCGGGGUGGGAGAAGAGGAGCCUGUUCUGUCGGUGCCUGAGGAGGAGGAGGAAGAGGAGGAAGAGGCGGAGGAGGAGGCGUCUCAGCCCCUGCCCCCUCUCUGCGCGUCCCCCAUGAGGGACAUGUGGCGCAGGGAGAAGGUGGCUUUGUAUUGCGAAGAGGUGCUGCAGGGCUCGAAGGCAGAAGAUGCAGCUGGAGCUCUGAGUAAGUACCUGUCAGAAAAGCUGAGGCUGAAGGACAAGUGGCUUGGAGUUUGGAAGAGUAGCCCCGAGUUAUUCUUUGAGAAAUAUGAAGCGGCGUCUAUCCCUUUUGUUGGUAUACUAGUUGAGGUAACUUGUAAACCACACCAGAACUUAUCAUCUUGUUUCAAAGUCACUGUUUCUGUGGUGGAGCCCUUUUCCUCUAACAUUGCAAACAUUCUGAGGGACUUGGUGGAUGAGAUUCUGGAGGAAUUGGAAUACAGUAUCCCUCUCUUGGAAGUCUACCCUGUUGAAGGACAAGAUGCAGACAUAUGUCCCAUUGCUUUGGCCUUGGAAGUUGUUAGGGUUUUUUAUGAUUUUCUUUGGAGAGACUGGGAUGAUGAAGAAAGUUGUGAGAAUUAUACUGCCCUUAUCGAAGAAAGAAUUAAUUUGUGGUGUGACAUUCAGGAUGGAACAAUACCUGGUCCCAUCACACAGCGCUUUAAAAAAACUCUGGAGAAAUAUAAAAACAAGUGCGUUGAGCUCAUCGAGUACCAGAGCAACAUUAAAGAAGAUCCAUCUGCAGCCGAGACUGUGGAGUGCUGGAAAAAAUACUAUGAAAUAGUAAUGCUCUGCGGAUUGUUGAAGAUGUGGGAAGACUUACGCCUGCGAGUUCAUGGACCUUUCUUCCCAAGGAUUCUGAGAUGUAGAAAAGGAAAAAGAGGCUUUGGAAAGACUGUAACACAUAUUGUAGCCAAAGUGAUGACUACUGAAAUGGUAAGCAACACUUCUUAUUGUUACUUGAGUUUUAGAUAUAUAGAGCUGACUGGUGGUGAUCUGCGGCACUCGGACGUUGGUGAAUUUUUGGACUUUGACGUUGGUGAUUUUUUGGACUUGGAAAAAGGUGAAUGCGUAGACUUAGACAUUGGUGAAAUUCUGGACUUGGAUUUUGGUGAAUUAGUAGACUUGGACAUUGGUGAAAUUCCGGACUUGGAUUUUGGUGACUUAUCUAACUUGGACAUAGUCAGCUUGAGCCUCACCUUACUGGCUGCGGUUUACAG